GAGGCUCGGUUGGACCGGAGGAGGAGGAGGAGAGGGGGGGGCACUGUUGUCAUCCGUCAGGGCUGUGAGUCGAGCUUUUUGUCCAGAAGAAAUGGCUGGGAUCAAAGCUCUCAUUAGCCUUUCCUUUGGAGGGGCCAUUGGCCUCAUGUUCCUCAUGUUAGGAUGUGCCCUCCCUGUGUACGAUAAAUACUGGCCUUUGUUCCUCCUCUUCUUCUACAUCCUAUCUCCCAUCCCGUACUGCAUCUCACGGAGGGUGGCUGACGACACAGACUCCGCAAGUAACGCCUGCAAAGAGCUGGCCAUCUUCCUCACGACGGGCAUCGUCAUCUCAGCCUUUGGCCUGCCCAUUGUCUUUGCAAGAGCUGAAGUAAUCGCCUGGGGGGCGUGUGCACUCGUGCUAACGGGUAACGUAGUGAUCUUCGCGACCAUCCUGGGCUUCUUCCUGGUCUUUGGAUCCAACGAUGACUUCAGUUGGCAGCAGUGGUAAUCAGCAGGGGGAGGGGGGGGGGACCUUAGUCUGAACUGUUUUUAUUAGCAUUACGGUUAUUAUUAUGGUAUUACUGUUUGGUUCUUGUUGUUGUUAUUUAUAUGAUGACUACCCAUCCAUAGACUCACACCAAACCAGUGCAAUACUUUAUUUUUCUCUUGUUUUUUUAUUCGCCUGCAUCAUACUGGACUGACACAAAGUGGGAUGGAAAAUGCUGACUUAAAGUUGGAUUUUAACUCAUUUUAGUUAAGCUGUCUUAACUUCUGUGUUUGUGAGUUUUUCUCCAUGUGUGUCUCCGCUGAUUUGACUGCUUGUGAAAAAAAAAAGAAUCCAACUGAAAAUCCAAAUAGGACUUAAUCUGACAGGGUCAAGUUCUGGGGCUGUGCGUAAAUCAGCAAAAAAAACUGUUGGCAGAUCUGCACACAACAAGCUCAGCUUUCACCUGCCACUGGUCUUAUUGAUUGAAUCUGUGUCUAUUUUUGGUUUUGUCACAGUGGCAGGUGAAAAGUCAGCUGAAGGUAAUGCAGAUUUUCAGUGGGUUCGUCUCCAUCCAUAAGCAGUGAGUCUAGAAUAAUUAGCCACCAACCCUCGGGUCUUUUGAAGCCUGUUACAUUUGUAAGUCUUAUUUAUUUUCCAGUGUCUGUUUGUGACUUUUACUUUAAAUAAGUGUUUAUUUUUAAUUUCUUAUGUCACACAUAAUGAGAAGACACAUGGAGGAAAUGUCUACAGACCUCCUUACCAUCACUACACACAUCAAAUUAAAAUGACUUGCUGAUUUCCCAGGUGCCAACUGGAUGCAGGCUGCUUGAUCGCCAUGUUCUUUUGCACAUGAUAGCUCUUACCUCACUCUUAGUAUGGGUAGGCUUUACCUUCAAGAAAGCAUGAAUAGCACACAGUGGCUGCCAGCUAGCGUAGGAUUAGCUUAAGGAGGGCAGACUCAUGUGAAAGUCAGCCAAGAUAAGAACUGGGCCGCUUCUAAUCAAGUCCUGGUCAGUCACUUAUAGCCCUUAAGCUUUUAAAUGUGACCCCUUCAAAAUAAAAGCACCCAGCUGCAUUAAGGUUGUUUUUCUCUCUAGAAGCACAUUAUGGCGUCGUGUUUCCUCACACCAGCAUUUUCAUGAUGAAAGCGCAGAUCUGUUUUUUUUUAUUUUUUAUUGUUGUAUAUUCUCUGGUCUGUGUGAAGGAAAGUCGUCCGUUGGUUUGUUUAAUCUGUCGGCAGCUUUGGGAUCAGCGCAGCCUGCAGUCUCUCCUGUUUGCUGUUUAACUGCAGCAGUGGAAGCUAAACAAGCUAACUAGCAUCUGCUGCCUCACUAAAGCACUGGUGUGUUGAACGGGAGCGUUUGUGCUCUCUGAAAUAUUAAGAAAUGUUUUGUAAUGACACUGAAGUAUUAUAAUUAACUAAAUAAUAAGCUCCUCCCCCCCAUUAAUCCUAAAGUAAAUCAAUAAUAUCCACUAUUUGUCUUUUUUCAGAAGUCCUCUUUCAGAAAAUUCUGAACAUAAUUUAAAGGAAUUAGUUCAACUAAAGUCGGAUUGAAAUUAGCCUAGCUUAGCAUUAAGACUGGAAGCAGGAGUAAGCGGCUAGCCGGUGAGAGUUCAAUAAACCGCCUACAAACAAACACGUCUUAAGCUCAUUAUUGAAAUCAACAAAUACAUUGUUUUUAAAAACAAAAAAAUGAUUGACUCUGCCGACAAAAGGAUUUCAUAUUUUCUCUGUGUAGGAGUUUCACAAACAAGAAACUCCAGUUGUCACGAAACCAGAGUUUUAAACUUUGUUAUGAGUCUAGCAAAAAUGGAAUUCUAUAUUUCCUGAACCUGUUUGGAUACCAAAACGUUGCAGGCUAACUCCUACACGCUCUCUACAUUUAAAAAAAUACAUUGGCAACAUUUUGGCACCGAAACAUUACGAGAAUGCAAUUUAGACUGUUUUCUCUCUGCGGCUCUUUUAAAUCUUUGGUACUUUUUUAAUGUAUUCAAUCGAAAUAAAAGACAUCAAUCAAUCAUUGAAAUAACGGCCAUUAUACCGUUUAAGAUGAGAGACCUAAACCACAGUGUUUGGGGUUCUCUGAUUGGUUCAAAUGUUGUUCUUAUGUCAAAGCACUCUGUGCACCUGUGUUGUUUUUAAAGGUUCUAUAUAAUAAAAGUUAUUAUUAAAACACACAGUAUCUUCAAAGUAAUGGAGAAACUUGAGAGAUGUUGACAGACGUCUGUUUACUCCUGCUUCCAGUUUUUUAACCUUAACUAAUAACCAUCCAGCAACGAACGACAUGAAACAUCUAUUUUCUUAAUAUCUACUGGAUAGAAGUCAAAAUGACUGUGUUUGAUCAAAAUGUCCGACUCACGCUGCAAAUAACAUUUAUUUUAGUUUUCUCUUUAACCCUCGUGCAUCACUAUGGACAUUUUUGUCUAUUUGGUCAAAUGUUUCCUCUUCAUCUGGUCAUCAUUUUGUCUCUGUUAGUGCAUUGGGCACACAUUUUUUGUAAGAAAGACUCUCUCUUGACACAUUUUGGAAUGCACAUUUUAUUUUUUUAAUAGAUCACUGUGAAACAUGUUUACGACCCUCUUAAGUCACUAAGGACAAAAAUGUCCACUUCCAAAAAACUGAUAUAAAAAUAGAACAGAUUGAUAUUUUUUUCUACUUUUUUCUGCAUAAAUCUCUUAAACAACUUCAGCCCUGCUCAAAACUACCAAACAAUUAAUCAUUUUUAGGAAUUUAACCCUUUAAAUGCCAGUUUGAUUACUUGAUGUCACUGUUGUUAUUUAAGAAAAAUAUACAAAAAUGAGUUAUUUUCCAUAUUACAAAUAUUUGGUGACUGGGGGAUUUAAAAAAAAAAUCAGUCUUGGAUAUGUCAAAUGUAGUUCCCUGUUUGGACAUUGGAAGGCGAAAAUGUCCAAUUUACAAAAACUGAUAUAAAAAUAGAACAGAUUGAUAUUUUUUUCAACCAGAAUCAAGUAAUCAAACGGGCAUUUAAAGGGUUAAAUUCCUGAUAAUUAUUCAAUAUUUGGUAGUUUUGAGCAGGGCUGAAGUUGUUUAAGAGAUUUAUGCAGAAAAAAGUAGAAAAAAAUAUCAAUCUGUUCUAUUUUUAUAUCAGUUUUUUGGAAGUGGACAUUUUUGUCCUCAGUGACUUAAGAGGGUUGUAAAUUAAACUGAUGCCUGAGGGUUAAACAUCCAAAAGGUAUUCAUUUUUUUUGUUCUCUAACACUAAAGAAACCAGAAAAUAUUCACCUUUGAGAAGCUAGAAUCUGAAUUUUUGACAUUUUUCUUAAAAAGAUUCCUCGACUGAUCGUUUCAUCUCAUAAAUUAACAACAAGUUAUGGAGAAGUAAAAAACACUUCUUUAUAUUGAACAGAUUGUUACCAGUUGUUGUUCUGAUAUUCAUUAUAAUGUCUGAAAAAAAUCUGCUGUAAGAAAUGCAUUGAAGAAAGUCUGGGACGUCGGGCUUUUAGCACUAAACAGAAGCACGCUGCUGUGGUAUUUUUGAGCUCUAUUGUCGGUGAUUUCUUUCAGAGACCUCGAGAGGUUUUGAUUGUACUAAAAACACCACAACCACAACGGCAGCUUUUUGCUUUCCUUUAAAAAACAAGUACUAAGUUAUGAAAUAUUGAAUACUACUGACUGCAUAUUAUUGUGUAACACCGCUUUGAAUCUGACUCUUAAUAGUAAACUCACAUCCUCUGGUUGUAGUCUGCAGACCGGUCUGUGAUUGGACGAGCAGGGUAACUCCUCAUAUUUCACUUUGCUGCAUUUUGAGCCCAGUUUGUCAAACGUUCUCUUCUCUCUGUUCUGUGUGACAGACUCUGGUGUGUAUCUGUGGGAUUUCUGUGUUUUUUGUUGUAAGACAAGAUGUUACGCUUUUUUUGUUUCUCACACGUUUUUGGGAGGAAGUUGUAUUUAUUUAUUUUGAAUUGGACGCUUUGUGUCGACGUCCAAUGCCAUUUUCUAUCUACAAGGUUUGUGUUAACGAGGCAGAAGUCAGCAUGGUGGAUUUCCUUUUCUUUCUUUUUUUUAUUAUUAAAAGCCAUUUUUGAA